AUGUUAAUUUUUAUAGACGAUUUUAACAAAGAAACGACCACACAAGUUGUUGAGAGAAAUGCUUAUCCAACCGAGACUUCAGAAGUGUCGAAUCCUUCUGGUGAUGAAGAACUACUUUAUAAAGAAAAGAAGACUGAGGAACUCAGUACAAAAGAAAAGAAUGAAAAACCAAGCACAGAAUAUAAGAAUGAAGAUCUAAAAACAGAAAGAGAAAAGGAGGAACUGAGCGAAGAAACUGAUAACACCGAGAUAAAUAAAGAAAACGAGAUGAACAAAUCAAAUACUGAAGUCAAGAAUGAGGAACCAGGUCAAGAAGACAAGAACGAGGAAUCAAAUAAAGAAGAUAAGAACGAGGAAUCAAAUAAAGAAGACAAGAACGAGGAACCAAAUAAAGAAGACAAGAACGAGGAAUCAAAUAAAGAAGAUAAGAACGAGGAACCAAAUGAAGAAGACAAGAACGAGGAAUCAAAUAAAGAAGACAAGAACGAGGAAUCAAAUAAAGAAGAUAAGAACGAGGAACCAAAUGAAGAAGACAAGAACGAGGAAUCAAAUAAAGAAGAUAAGAACGAGGAACCAAAUGAAGAAGACAAGAACGAGGAAUCAAAUAAAGAAAACAAAAAAGAGGAAACAGAUAAAGAAGACAAAAAAGAGGAAACAGAUAAAGAAGACAAAAAAGAGGAAACAGAUAAAGAAGACAAAAAAGAGGAAACAGGUAAAGAAGACAAGAAAGAGGAUCUAGAUAAAGAAGACGAGAAUGAGAAACCAAAUAAAGAAGACGAGAAUGGUGACCCAGAUAAAGAAGAUAAGAAUGAGGAACUAAAUAAAGAAGACAAGAAUAAGAAACUAAAUAAAGAAGACAAGAAUGGGGACCCAGAUAAAGAAGAUAAGAAUGAGGAAUUAAAUAAAGAAGACGAGAAUGGGGAAUCAAAUAAAGAAGACAAUAAAGAGGACCUAGAUAAAGAAGACAAGAAUGAGGAACCAAGCGUAGAAUACAAGAAUGAGGAAAACCAGAUGAGCAAAUUAAGUACAGAAGACGAGAAUAAGGAACCAAACUCAAAGUGCGUGGACGAUCUAAAAACUGUAAAAAGUAAUGAGGAACCGAGUACGGAAACUGGAAGUGUGAAGAUAAAUGCAGAGAAACAGACGAAUAUGCUAAGUACUAAAGAAAAGAAUGAGGAUCUAAUAUCAAGGAAAGUUAAUGAGGGGGCGAGUAGAGAAAAUCCAAAUGGGAAGCAAACCACUAAAGAAAAUGACGCAGUUUUGGGAACAGGAAACGAGAACUAUAAUCUAGAAGAAAUAAAAAUGAAGAAUGAAACUGACAUUAAGAAUAAGGGUGUAAGUUUAGUAAAUGGUGAUGAAACGUUGCUCACGAAAGAUGAAAGUAAUUACCAAACUGUAUUUCAGGACCCGUAUUCAAGAGUAAAUGAAGCUACUCGUGGAUUGUCAACGCUAAAUAGAAAUAAUUACCUGAGUGAAAACUACGUUAAUAAUUGGAGCUUAUCUGGAAUAAGAGCUCCAUUUCAUUAUUACACACCCUAUCUGGAUAAUACCUGUCGCACCACUGACGGAAGACAAGGAGUGUGUGGGGAACCAUUUAAUUGUCCAACACUAAUAUCCAAUUAUUACUUUCUUCAGCCUCAACCGACUCUUUGUUACUAUGACAACUGGAUUCCAGGUGUCUGCUGUUCUUAUCAACCCACCUUCUCAUAUUUCUCAAGACCUUCUUUUUACGGUUUUUACGAUAACAGCAACCAAAGGAGGGGUGUUUACUAUCGAAAUCGGGGGUAUUUGUAUUCUCCGGUAACUGAGCCAAACUAUGGUAUCUUUAACGUCAACCAGAAACAGUACGAUAUAGACUGCAACACCUUUGAUGGAAGAUCUGGACUGUGUCUUCAUCCUUCAGCUUGUCGUACUAUUUUUAAUCCUUUGGUUCCACGUCUUCAACCUUCUUAUUGUUACUAUGAUAACAAUGUUCUCGGAAUCUGCUGCCCUUUUCAGCCACGGUCUGUGGACACUGAAUCCUCGGAGUAUUCUCCCAUCAUUACAGAUUUGUAUAACUAGUAAGGCUACAUCU